CUUCAUUAGUCUCUUCUCCUUCUCUCAAUUCACCAAUUCAUCUCAGACUCACCUCAAGAACUCAGUCCUACCCGUUUGGUUAUUCCUUAGCAUCACCUUCAUUUCUCUCCCUCCCAUCUCUCCCUCCUCCCUGUCUCCUCCCCUUCUCUUCUUGGUUCAGUGGACUCCCCAUCAAUAGAUGGCGAUCUCGCUUAUCCCCCUUCGCCGCCAUUCUCACGCAUACACCAUUGCCCUCUCGCAACCUAUUCGCAGACACAGUAGGAAUUGAAUUGAACUUCUCCUUGACCUACUCUCUGUUCUUGAUAUCAUCUACAUCAUGGCCGUUGAAGUCCUUCCCCUCACCACCGCGGAUAUUCCGGAGGCCGUAGCAUGCAUCCAGACAGCAUUUGCCGAUGAUCCAUUCUUCCGCUGGGUAUUCAACAAGAGAUCUGGGUUCAAUUUGCAACGCAACGCCGCCUCGAUGGCCGCCCAUUUCCGAUACGGACUCUCGUGCGAAGCGCCCAUCUACAUCGCCAAAGCCACCUCCCGUCCCGGCGACAGCGACAAGGCCCCCUGCAGCGAGAUUGCCGGCGUCUGCUGGUGGUUCCCCCCACAGCCUGCAUCGGAGCCGGUCUCGUGGACUGUCUGGGCCCAGGAUUGGCUGCUCUCCUUCCGCCAACUGCUCUUCAACAUCCGCUUCGGCGGCCGCGGCGGGCUCAACGUACGGCGGUACUGGCAGUGGAAGCAGCGCCAGGAAGCCACCCACGCCAAGGUCUGGACUGACCCCCGCGGGUAUUACUUCUGUAAUGUGUUGGCCGUCAACUCCGAGAUGCGGGGUAUGGGCGUCGGCCGCAAGUUGGUCGAGGCGGUGACACAGAAGGCGGACCUGGAGGGAAUGCCCUGCUAUCUGGAAAGUUCCAAGGGGUUUCCCAACCUGGUCAUCUAUGAAAAGUUGGGCUUCGAGCUGGUGGAGGAGAUUGACUGUGUGGAUGGGAAUGAUAGUUGCAAGCUGUAUUGUAUGAUCCGUCAGCCGAAGAAGGCGGAUUGAGUGCAGUCUCCCCAUCAACCCCUUCACUGUACCGCAGCGUAUACUCUCUGAUCGGACUUUUAGUAUCUGGGAAGGAAGAAAGAUGAUUUGUUUGCUGGCGUUACAUAUGAGCAUCAAUCAUUAGCUUACCCACGACCUUUAUUCUCACAAAUCAGAC